AUGAAGUUCAUCACCUUGAUUGCUAUGCUUGCAUCACAAGUACUUGCAGUUAACUACAUUCAGGAGACUGUAUUCUCUCCUGAAUUUUCCAAAGGACCUAAUGCAAUUAUUGUUGAGUCAGGGCCAGUUGGUAACACUACUAUUCAGAAAGGAAACAUGACAUUCUCAAAGAGAGAGAUCAAGCCUACUGAAGUUAUUGAUACAUAUGACAUAAUGGUUGAUGGUGCAGCAGCAGGUACUGCUACAAGAACCACAUCAGUUCAUACAGACAUUGCAGGAAUGGGAGGAUCUCCAUACCUUGAGGCUAAGUUUGAAGUAACCUUAGAAUCUCCAGCUGGGCCAUCUGCAUUCUCAGAAAUGGCAUACCUCACCUCCGACGAGCAGCUAAGAAUUAGGGACCUCCAGCUUGUGUUCAGAGAUGCAUCUGAAGGCUCCAGUGUUAAUGAGGUAGUUUCCAAUGAGACAGGUCUUAUUUGGAGAAUAACCCCAGGACCAAGAUUUAUUCCAUCCUUGAGUAGAAUGGAAGAAGGUGGAUUAAUUGAGAGCCCAACAAGCAGAUUUACUUUGACUCUGUUCCCAUACAACUCUACCAAGUUAGAUAUCACAAUCUUCGCCAGAAUCCCAUCAGGAAGUGGGCUUAUUAACAUCUAUGAUUCAGGUGUUAUUAUUCUUGCUGCAGCCACCCCAGAGGACGAGGAAGAACCAGAAGACGAGGAAGACCCAGAAGAUCCUGAGGACCCCGAAGACCCAGAAGACCCAGAAGAUCCCGAAGACCCAGAGGACCCAGAAGACCCAGAAGAUCCUGAAGACCCCGAAGAUCCCGAAGACCCAGUUGAAGGCUUCUACCGUGCUUCUAAACCAAGAUUCCUAAACAAAGUACGCACUCCUAUCUCUGUAUAAAAAGGUUGCAUUUGAUU